UUUCUUUUGAUAUCUCUAUCUCUCUGUUAGUCUUGUUUCAAUUGCUUCAAUAUUACUAGUAUCCAAAGUUUCCGAUAAAAAAAGACGCGGCUUUUGGAUUUGGGUGCUGAAACAAAAUUAGGGUUUUUGUGUCCUCUCAAUUUCGUUUAUUUUCCUCCGUUUGUAUAGAUUUUUACAGAAGCAAAGAUGAAUAAAGGCAGCAGCUUUAAGAUGGACAACGAUUUCGAAAAGAGGAAGGCUGAAGCUGGAAGGAUCAGGGAGAAGUACCCUGACCGGAUUCCGGUGAUUGUGGAAAAGGCUGAGAAAAGUGAAGUCCCGAACAUAGACAAGAAAAAGUACCUUGUGCCAUCAGACCUAACAGUUGGUCAGUUUGUGUAUGUGAUUCGGAAGAGAAUCAAACUAAGCGCUGAGAAAGCUAUCUUCAUAUUCGUAGACAAUGUUCUUCCUCCUACCGGAGAGCUAAUGUCAAGCGUCUACGAGGAUAAGAAGGACGAAGAUGGCUUCCUUUACAUCACUUACAGUGGCGAGAACACUUUUGGUGCUUCUCCAAUCUAAUAAUAAUCCCUUGACCUGAGAAACUGCCACUUUUUAUUUGCUUCCCAUCUUUCAAAUUUGUAUGUAUAGUUUGCUCAAUCUCUUAUCAUUCCUCAAAAUAAUUUGUGAUUUACCAUUUUCUUUUACUUCUUAAAAAUGUACAUAGACUAAUCUUUAAAAUAUUCUCUUCUUUGGUAUUAUCUAUCAUCUUGCAAUU